UCGUGUAUUGGCUGAUUAAAACUUGUAAAGUUGCAGCAACAACAACUCCUGCUGCCAAAUAAAAUAAACCGCCUUCAAGUGCUACCGCUUAAUGUGUUGUGGUGGUUGCUGUUGUUGUUCUGGUUGUUGAUGAUGUUUGUGUGUGGCUCUAUAAUGGCUUAAAGUAGCUAGCUGUUGAUUUGAUGUGUGUGUUUUAAACGUUGUCAACACGUUUUUUUCGCCCAACAUCUUAAAACAUGUUUACGAUCACUAAAGUGAGAAGAGAAGCUGAGCUGAGCUGAGCUACGCUAUGAUAUGAUAUGCUGAGUGUAGUGUGGAGUGUGGUGUAUGUAUGCUGUGUGUGUUUUGAGCAGGGUCUUUAAGCCAAGUUAAUAUCAGUAGACAAAGUGUAAGCUGUGGAUACAGUUGAUGUAAGUGUCAUGUCAAUAAGACAAGGAAUCAUAACGCAAUUUGACGUUAAUGCAAACGGUACAAUACAGAAAACCCUAAACGGGAAGUGAUACAAUUUCUUUUUUUUUUUUUUUGGUGAAAAUAAACAAAAUAAUUUUUAAAGAAAAAUUUAUUUAUUAAAUAAAAAAGAAAAACUAAAUAAUUAUUAAAAAUAUUAUAAAACUAAAGAAAAAAAGUGUUUUUGAAAAGAAAAUUAAGUUAUGAACGAUUUAAAAAUGGGUUUUAAACAAUCACUCUUACAACGUUUACAACAUAUUGAAAUGUCGGCGCCACAAUCUAAAUCUAGCGCAGAAUCCAAGGAUUCAAAUAAUACACAAAUCACCGAUUUUAGCAUACAAAGAAUAUUGGCCGAUAAUAAGCAGCUAAUCGAGAAUGGCUGCAAAUCAAAAUCUCCCAGUUCUACACAACAAGAUACACCUCCCUCUAGCCCUAAACUAUAUGCUCCCAUAGCCACUAAACCAACGAAUGUAGCUACAGCAGAUAUAUUGGAUUUAUCGAAAAGUAAACAAACCGAUUCGUAUUCACACCCUUUGCUGGCCUCUCCACCCUCCAGUAAUGAGUUUCCUUUUAAUCCCACACCCAACUAUGCUGGUUUUCAUCCCAACAUAUUGGCUGCUGUAGCCGCCGCAAAUGCUCAAAAAUUCUAUGCUCAAUUUUUGCCUCAUAUGUUUCCCGCCGGUUUUUAUAAUACUGCUGCAGCAAGUGUUCAAAGACCUACGAUGCUGCCCUAUCAAAAACGUUAUUUUGCUCCUUAUGUUUUAAAUUCGCAACAAACACCGGCGGCUACACAACCACCACUUACACCACCAACACCCACUUCUACGACAAGUUCUUCGGCCCAACAACAACAUCAACCAUCUACACCCACCCAUCAACAUUCUUCCAACAAUAGAUUUAUGUGCUCUCGUCCCGAUUGUCUAGAUUGUUUAGAUUCUUACUACAAAUCCUCCCCCUUUCCUUACAAAUCUCCCAUACUAUCACCAGCUGCCUCGACCGUGAGUUCUAGCAGUUCUUAUCAUUCUAAGGCACAAAAAGAGGUUCUACUGGGAUCAUCCAAUAUUUCCUUGACCUCUGUUACUAAUAUACAUCUGACGACAGCAAAAACGGUUCGCGAAUCACACUUGAAUGCUGCAUAUGAGAAUCGUUCGAGCUUGGCUUCAACUGCUGAAGAGAUUAGCUAUAAAUGUCGUAUAUGCGAUAAAGUUUUUGGCUGUUCUCAGACAUUGCAGGCUCAUGAGAAAACCCAUAAAUCGCCCCGCUACGAAUGCACCGAUUGCGGCAAGGGAUUUUCACAAUUGCGCAACUACAAAUAUCACCUCUCCGUUCAUCGAGGAACCAAAGAAUUCGCUGCCGAGUGUCCAGAAUGCGGUAAAACCUUCAAUGACAAAGGUUAUCUUAGCAGUCACAUGAAAAUACAUCGCAAUAAGAAAGAAUAUGAAUGUCCUUACUGUCCUAAGUCUUUCAAUCAAAGAGUUGCCUUCAAUAUGCAUGUACGCAUACAUACCGGCGUUAAACCGCACAAAUGUGCCGAAUGUGGUAAAAGAUUUUCACGUAAAAUGUUACUCAAACAACAUAUGCGUACACACAGCGGUGAGAAACCCUAUCAGUGUUCGGUUUGCGGAAAAUCAUUUGCUGAUCGCAGUAAUAUGACAUUACAUCAUCGUUUACAUUCCGGCAUUAAACCAUUUAAUUGUCCCAUUUGUCCGAAAGCUUUUACCAAGAAACAUCAUUUGAAAACACACUUAAACUAUCAUACCGGUUGUAAGCCAUAUGUCUGUCCACAUCCGAACUGUAAUCAGGCGUUUACGCAAUCUAGUAAUAUGCGUACACAUGCCAAAAAGUGUCAAUAUAGACCGUUACAAAUGGCAUAUCCGGUGGCACAGAAGUCAAAUACAAAUACAACAACUAACAUGAAUCAUUCAACAAUAUUGACAGCUGCCGCCGCCUCAGCAGUAACAUCUUCUUCCUUGACUAGUUCACUGACAACACAAAAUUUCAUGUUAAAUCCAAUUUCCCGUUUACCUUCAUCCAUGUCUCUUAACGUUGCCAGCAAUCAUGGUACAUUACCCACAAUCGCUACCAGCAACAGCAGCAGCAGCAACAGCACAAAUAAUAAUUGUAACAAUAGCAGCAACAUUCCUUUCAUACCUUCAACCACUUUAGCGGCUGGUAUUCGGAUGUUAUCCACUGUUACCUCAGCCUCUAUGUCGGCAAACACUAUACAAUCAUCAUCAUCUUCAACAUCAUCAUUAUCAUCAACAGCUUCGUCGCUAUUUCCGCCUGCUCAACAGCCUUUAUUAUCCACAUUACGUCCGUUUUGAUCAUAUAACUGUCUGGAUCAUUUAGUGUAUAUAUAUAGAUUGGGCAGUGUAUUUAUGUUUUUUUAGUGCAUUUAAAAGCGUAAUUAGCGCCUUAUGUCUUUAGUGCUUUAAUAUCUCAUUAUACUUUUUAAUUUCAACUGUGAUACAAUUAUAUAGUUUUUUUUUUCAUUAUUAUAUUUUUAUAUAAAACAUAAUCUUGUAAUGACAUUUAAUAACAAUGAU